UGGUCUUGGUCAUCGAAUACCCACUGAUUCCAGAGCCUCUAGAAAUGGGUUAGAUUGGGGAGGAGAGAAAAAACAAUCUACACCAUCCCUGCUGCCAGUGUAACCGAACAAGAACACUUUAAACAAUGUGACUGUAAAACAAAAGCUACAUUUCAGUUGGCCUCUUAAUACUCUUACUCAGUUGGCUCGUCAGCACUUUGCCAAAUUUGGAGGGUAUGUUAGAGAUGAUCGUCUUAAACAUCCCCCAAAUCUAAUAACUCAUGUUGGAAGCCAAUCCCUCCCAGUCCCCAGGAGCUCUCAGCCUUAUUGGGGAAUCUGACCAAGCGCUAACUGGAGGUGCUAGUUUAUAGAGGAAACAGUGAUUUCAAGAAAGAGCCUAAAAGUAAGAGCAGUCCUGAUAUGCUAUGGAUUUGGAAUUCAGCUGCUUCUCACCUGGGUACCUAGUGUACUCCAUGGAAUGUAGCCUCAAGGAUUUAAUUGCAGUUACUAAUUCCUCGGACCAUGUAGGGGUAGCUCAAUUAUGUGGAAAUGCGCAUGGGCAUCUGUAUAUUUACAGGGAAAAAAGUCUGGGGACAAAUACACACCAAAAUGUUAACAUGCAUUCAUUCACCCAUCAGGUUUAAGACCCUGGGCUACAAAGAAUGAGAACUAGCUGACAGCUAGCCGGAGACAAAUGAGAGCAAGACUAAUACCUUUUGUUUAUUUUCUCUUUAUUCUUCUCUUUGUUUUCCAUGAUGUGAAUAGAUAUCUAGCAACCAUUAAAAAAAGGUUUUUUGGUUUUUUUCGGUUUUUUUGGAAAAGGAAAAUACUUUUCCUUCUGAGGGCGGAGUCGGAAGGAAAGGACUGACUCCCCAAGCCCCUCUGCUCGGUCCCCAAGGUUGCUACGAAACCACACCACACGUAGGAGCGUCUUGAAUCCUGCGGUGCGACCUGAAACAUCGGAAGUGAAGGAUGUGCCAUCGACUCAAGUUGCGUGUUUCGAGUGCCGAUUUGCAGAAAGACUGCAAGAUAGGUGGCGGGGUAGAGACACUAUCGCAGCCACCUUGGCGGAACCCUCCAGCCCACAGCUCGCAGGUUUCGUGGACUUAGGUUCUCCAAUAGACCGCUACUACCGGAAACGGAAAGCCUUGGGCCGGCUGGAGAUUGGACGCGGGGCCGGAAGCGGAAGUGGGAAAUUGCUUUGGGUGGCUCCGGGUAUGGCAGGGGUGGUGGCUGUCGCGGCCGAAUCCCUUGCGGGAGGCAGGGCAAGGGCGGCUCGCACUGUGCUAGAUCAGGUGGUGCUCCCGGGUGAGGAACUGCUGCUGCCAGAGCAGGAGGACGCAGAAGGCCCAGGAGGUACCGGGGAGCGACCGCUGCGCCUGAAUGCUGGGGUGCGCGCCCGGAUGCGUGUAGUGUGCGGCCCGGGCUUGCGGCGCUGUGGUGACCGCCUUCUGGUCACCAAGUGCGGCCGCCUCCGUUACAAGGAGCCCGGCGGCGGCGGCGGUGGCGUUUACUGGGUGGACUCGCAACAGAAACGGUAUGUCCCCGUGAAAGGAGACCAUGUGAUUGGCAUAGUGACAGCUAAAUCUGGAGAUAUAUUCAAAGUUGAUGUUGGAGGGAGUGAGCCAGCUUCUUUGUCUUACUUGGCAUUUGAAGGUGCAACUAAAAGAAACAGACCAAAUGUGCAGGUUGGAGAUCUCAUCUAUGGCCAAUUUGUGGUUGCUAAUAAAGAUAUGGAACCAGAGAUGGUCUGUAUUGACAGCUGUGGACGAGCCAAUGGAAUGGGUGUGAUUGGACAGGAUGGUCUGCUUUUUAAAGUGACUUUGGGCUUAAUUAGAAAGCUGCUGGCUCCAGACUGUGAAAUCCUUCAGGAAGUGGGAAAACUCUACCCACUGGAGAUAGUAUUUGGAAUGAAUGGAAGAAUAUGGGUUAAGGCAAAAACCAUUCAGCAGACCUUAAUUUUGGCAAACAUUUUGGAAGCUUGUGAACAUAUGACAGCAGAUCAAAGAAAACAAAUCUUCUCCAGACUGGCAGAAAGUUAGAUGUAAUUUUUUAUGGGUCAGUUGACCCAAGAGACUAUGGGUUUCCUAGGGAAAAUUUUUUUCAGGUGAACCUCUCUCCCCAUUAAACCGUCAGAAGACAUAAUGUGAAUGUACACAUUGUCUUAUUACAGUUCUAAGUAAAAUAUUUUUAUAAACAUGUUACUAGUUGCCACCCAUGUUCUUGUGGGUGAGAAAAGUCAUUAUAAAAUAAUGAUGUACUUUUUUCUUUACAAUAAAGUUUACUAAAAGUAUUAUGGUUUAUUUGGUGUUAACUCCUUUAAUUUGGCUGAAGUGCAGCUUCUAUAAUAAACUGGAAUUAAGCAUUAAAAUAACAAUUAUUUUCUGGUAAAAGUAAAACAUGUUCACCAGAGAAAAUGAGAAUACAUAAAGUACAAAGAAGCAAAUGCACUAUAGACAUAAUGUAUGUGAAUAUUCUUUAAAUUGAAAUUAUAGGAUUAUACUUUAUAUACUACUUUGUAAUCUACUUUGUCCACUUCAAUGUUUGAUGUAUUUCUUAUAUGAUUGCUAUUAAAAAUGAGAUAGUUAUAGAAUA